AUGCACCUGAUCAUCGACGACGAUGAGGGGUUUACCCCAGAAGAAGAAAACAGACGAAUUACAUUGAAUCGUAGCGUAAGAGUAGCAGCAGUAGGAACAAUAAUUAUGGAGUUGUUAAAGAAUUUGCCGCAAAUGGAUAUGAUGCGGUCGGAGAAGAUGACAUCGGUUCAGUUAAUCAUCCCCGUUGAGUCUGCUCACCGCGCCAUCUCUUAUCUCGGCGAACUCGGCCUUCUACAGUUCCGUGACUUGAAUGCUGAUAAAAGCCCCUUUCAGAGAAUAUUUGUAAAUCAGGUAAAAAGAUGUGCUGAGAUGUCAAGAAAGCUUCGUUUCUUCAAAGAUCAGAUACACAAGGCUGGUUUAUCAUCUUCAUCUCUUCCCACAAUACAACCAGAUAUUGAUCUUGAAAGAUUAGAGAUACAACUAGCUAAUUAUGAACAUGAACUUCUUGAGAUGAAUGCCAACAGUGACCAACUACAACAAACAUAUAAUGAGCUUCUAGAGUUCAAGAUGGUGCUACAGAAGGCAGGAGGCUUUCUAGUUUCAAGUAAGAGUCAUGAAGUUAUGGAAGAGAGAGAAUUAGAUGAGAACGUGUUCUCCCAUGACUAUCAAGAUUCAGUCUCCUUACUUGAUCAAGAAAUGCAAUCAGGAUCAUCAAAUCCAUCAGGUCUUAGAUUUAUCAGUGGCAUUAUCGUAAAAUCCAAAAUGUUAUUAUUUGAGAGAACACUGUUUCGUGCUACAAGAGGAAAUAUGUUUUUCAAUCAAGCAGAUGCAGAUGAACCAAUCCUGGAUCCUGUAUCAACUGAAAUGGUGGAGAAGACUAUAUUUGUAGUGUACUUCUCAGGGGAGCAUUCAAGAACAAAAAUUCUGAAAAUCUGUGAAGCAUUUGAUGCAAACUGCUAUCCUGUUCCAGAGGACCUAACAAAACAGAGACAAAUAACUGAAGAGAUUUUGUCACGAUUAUUGGAUUUAGAAACCACUUUAGAUGCUGGGAUUCGUCAUCGUAAUGCUGCUUUACAUUCAAUUGGAUUACACUUGUUGACAUGGAUGACCAUGGUUAAAAGAGAGAAAGCUGUUUUCGACACAUUGAAUAUGUUGGAUUUUGAUGUAACAAAAAAGUGUCUAGUUGGAGAAGGAUGGUGUCCAAUAUUUGCUAAGUCCCAGAUUCAGGAGGCAUUGCAACGUGCAACAUAUGAUAGCAACUCACAAGUUGGAAUAAUAUUUCAUGUAAUGGAAGCUGUGGAAUCACCUCCAACAUAUAUCAGAACUAACCGAUUUACAUACGCAUAUCAAGAGAUUAUUGAUGCAUAUGGGGUUGCUAAAUAUCAGGAAGCAAAUCCAACAGUUUUUACUGUAAUUACUUUCCCAUUUCUUUUUGCUGUCAUGUUUGGUGAUUGGGGUCAUGGAAUUUGCUUACUUUUUGGAGCUUUAUUUCUCAUAACUCAUGAAAAAAAACUUACUUCUCAGAAACUUGGGAGUUUCAUGGAGAUGUUAUUUGGUGGGCGUUAUGUGCUCCUUUUAAUGUCCAUAUUUUCAAUUUACUGUGGUUUAAUAUACAAUGAGUUUUUCUCUAUUCCUUUUCACAUAUUUGGGGCAUCUGCAUAUAAAUGUCGUGACACCUCAUGCAGUGAUGCAUAUACAACUGGUUUAAUAAAAUAUGGUGACACGUAUCCAUUUGGUGUGGAUCCUAGCUGGCGUGGAAGUCGUUCAGAGUUACCUUUUUUAAACUCUCUGAAAAUGAAAAUGUCUAUUUUAUUCGGUGUUACACAAAUGAACCUUGGAAUCUUAUUAAGCUAUUUCAAUUCAGUUUUCUUCAACAAUUCAUUAGACAUCAGGUAUCAGUUUAUACCACAGAUGAUCUUCUUAAACAGCCUCUUUGGGUACCUUUCUCUUCUCAUUAUCAUAAAGUGGUGCACUGGAUCAAAAGCAGACCUUUAUCAUGUCAUGAUUUACAUGUUUUUAAGUCCCUUUGAUGAUCUUGGUGACAAUGAGUUGUUUUGGGGACAAAAGCUGCUUCAGAUCAUGUUAUUGGUGUCUGCCAUUGUUGCAGUUCCAUGGAUGCUCUUCCCCAAACCUUUCAUUUUACAAAAACUUCAUUUUAAGAGAUUUCACGGGCGUUCAUACAACAUUCUAGAAGCUUCCGAGAUAGAUAUGGAAGAUCAUGAACCGGAUUCAGCAAGAAGACAUCAUGUUGAAGAGUUUAAUUUCAGUGAGGUUUUUGUAUAUCAAAUGAUACACUCCAUUGAAUUUGUACUUGGUUCAGUUUCCAACACAGCUUCAUAUCUUCGGUUAUGGGCUUUAAGUUUGGCCCACUCAGAAUUGUCCACUGUAUUCUAUGAGAAAAUUCUCCGCCUUGCUUGGGGGUAUGAUAAUGUGAUUAUAAGAAUGGUGGGGAUAGUGGUUUUUGCAUUUGCGACUGGAUUCAUACUACUGAUGAUGGAAACCCUAAGUGCCUUUCUUCAUGCAUUGAGGCUUCAUUGGGUGGAAUUCCAAAACAAAUUCUAUUCCGGAGAUGGUUUUAAGUUCAAACCGUUUUCGUUUGCCGGAAUAGCUGAUGCCGACGAUCGGUAGAAUCACUUCACUUUUUAGGUGAAGAUGGAAUCCAAAUUUUGGGUAGGCUAUAUAUAGAUAGAUGUGUAGCUCAUAUAUAUGAAUAUAGCGAGGUGUUAGAUGCAAAUAUUCAGAUAACUUUAUAGGUGAUGACAGGAUUUUGCAGGAUUCAGAAGUUUUUGGGUAAUAAAAUUAAAGGUGAUUACAUAUUUACAAUUCGCGUCUUUAGGUGUAAAGCAAGAGUUGUAUCUUAAUUCUUAUGAUUUUGGUGCAACUUUAUAAAUCAUUUUAUGAAACUUCUGCGAUUUGUGAUUGUGUUCUCAUAUUUUUAUAUAGAUUUAUAACGCUAUGUAGUUGUUACAUGAUAGUGACAUAAUACUUAUUAG